CACCUCGUCCUCCCCAUGACGCCUCCAUCUUUGCUCUGACUUUGAAUCUGAGAGAGAGAGAGAGAGAGCUUUAUUUUGCUUCUUCUGUGUGCGUGUUUGUUGGUGUUGCUUUCCCCCCAUGGGGAAGAAUGGGGGUACUUCUUGGUUGACCAAAGUCAAGAGGGCUUUCAGGUCUCCAGCUAAAGAUAACGAGAAGAGAAGUGGCAGGAGGAGAGAAGAAUGUGGGCAAGAAGAUGAGGAAAGGAAGAGAGAAAAGAGAAGAUGGCUGUUCCGUAAGGCCGGCGGUAACCACUCUGCCGAUUGCGAGACGAAGGAAGCGGCGGCGGCGGCGGCGGCAGCGGCUGACAUUUGUACGGUGGUAAAUCCUAUAAUGGUGGACGACCAGAGGCACGCGAUUGCAGUGGCCGCGGCCACCGCGGCGGCAGCUGAGGCAGCGGUGGCGACUGCGCAGGUGGCCAUGGAGAUCGCCCGGCUGAGCAGGCCUCCUUCCGGUUUGCCCAAGGAGAACCGUGCUGCCGUAAUCAUUCAGACAGCUUUCAGAGGUUACUUGGCGAGGAGAGCGCUCCGAGCGCUGAAGGGGCUCGUGAAGCUCCAGGCGUUGGUGAGAGGCCACAAUGUCCGGAAGCAAGCGAAGCUGACGCUUCAGUGCAUGCAAGCGCUGGUCCGAGUCCAGGACCGGAUGCGGGAUCAGCGAGCGAGGCUCUCGCAUGAGGGGAGUAGGAAGUCAAUGUUCGAUCCCGAGACCAACAACCUGUGGGAGUCCUCUUAUCUGCAGGACAUUCGCGAGAGGAGAUCAGUUUCGAGGAAUACAAGCUGCACCGCCGACUUCUGGGACGAGCAUUCAUUCAAAAUGGAGGACGUCGAGGCGUUGUUGCAGAGUGGCAAGGAGAUUGCUUCGCAACGAGAGAAAUUACUUUCUCAGGCCUUCUCUCAGCAGAUUUGGAGAUCUCGGAGGCACCCAUCGGCCGGGAACGAAACCGAGCUUGAAGAGCGAACCAAAUGGCUGGACCGCUGGAUGGCCACCAAGGUGUGGGAGACCGAGAGCCGAGCCUCGACCGACAAGAAAGACCCGAUCAAGACCGUCGAGAUCGACACCUCCCGGCCCUACUCUCACUCCACGCCGAGGAACCACCGCAGGUCAUUCCAUCAGAAUCACUUCCAUAGACAGCCGAGCCCCAGCCCGACCCCGCGCUCCGUUGCUUCACCGCUCCACAGGUCACACUCGCACCACUCCAACCCCUCCCUUCACCACUCCCCCAUAACCCCCUCACCCGCCAAGGCCCGGCCCAUCCAGGUCCGGUCGGCGAGCCCCCGCUGCUACCGGGAAGACCAGUGCUACUCAGCCGCCAACACCCCAAGCCUAGCCUUCCUGCACCGCAACUCCAUGGCCGUUCCGAACUACAUGGCCGCCACCGAGUCCGCCAAGGCCAGGUCCCGGUCACAGAGCGCACCGAGGCAGAGGCCAUCCACCCCGGAGCGGGACCGCACCGGGUCCGCCAAAAAGAGAUUGUCAUAUCCAGCCCCGGACCCACACGGCGGCUUCGGGGCAGGGUAUGGGCCCGGCGGGUUCAGCCAGAACUUGAGGAGCCCGAGCUUCAAGAGCGUUUACAGCGGGAAUUACACCUACAACUACGGGGGCGAACACAGAUCGAAUCUGUCAUGUUACGGGGAGAGCAUCGGCGGCGAGAUUUCGCCAUGCUCGACGACGGACCUGAGGUGGUUUAGGUGAGGGAAAUUAGCAAGACAAGUGUUCGCGAUGCCAGCCUUAUUAUGGAGGGAACGAUUUGAAGAUGAUUCUUAGUUUGAAUUUUCUUUCUGCUGUACUUCUUCCAUUUUGUUCUUGUUCUCACUAGGGGAAUUGAAUGGUGUUAAAGUUCUGGGAAGGCUUUUAAUGGAAUUGGAUUUGACCAAAGCAUUUGUGAGAGUCACGCACAGGGCACGCCACUUCAUGAAUAUACAGCAGCAUGUCCCGGUUUGGGUGCAAGAA